UUAAACGGGUGGUUUUUAGAAAACUGAAGGUACUUUGGUAUUUGGGUGAAAGUGCCUCAUUUGCAGUUUCUUUUUCAUUUCUGCCUUUUCCCCAUUUUGCUGGCUUUUAACCAGGUCAAGGCUUUUCGUUUCCUCAGCAUAUAAACACCACAAAGUAUUGCUCACUCAUCAUUGCUCCUGGGGGUUCAAGAGAGAGAAGAAGAGGAGCGCGUAAAGGGGAUAGAAAGUCUAGAGACGACGAUGGCGAUAAGCACUUUGGCGGUUUUGCUUUUGUUCUCUUCCAUUAUGACAUUUGGCAUCUCCCAUAUCGUCCAUUAUACAAGCUCUGGGGGAAUAUGCGGAGAUACAUGUGGAUAUCAUGGCUACGGUUAUACUUGGUGCAAGCAAAGUGGUGGCAGUGGGAAAGCUUGGGACUACUGUUCCUUAGAAGAGGGCCUGGAAGCUUCUGGCAAAAAUUGUUCCUCAUCCUGCGAUUUCUGGGGGAAAUCUUACCGCUUCUGUUACUUAAGCGAUGGCAAGUGGCACUACUGUGGAUUGACAGGUCAGAGGGAACUCCUUGAAUAUUCCCAGGACAAUUACAUGUGCAUCAAUGAUUGCCGAGUAACCAAAGGCUCUUUCCAGUGUGAUACAAUCCAUGGCCCUCGACGCUGCUCCCCAUUCUAUGAUGUGACCCCCACAGGUUUGCCCUGCCAUUAUCACUACCGUUGCUCCAGAUACGGACACAGUGAGUCUCGGUGCCUUACAGAUAAUGAUGAAGGCAGAUGGGAUUACUGCAGGCAGAAGAGCCUGGAGGAGUGUGUGUGGACGAAAGACCUCGUCUUCCACAAAGAGAUCUGCACACUUUCCAACUCCCAAAGGGAAGGCAGGAUCAUCUUCCGCAGAGAGAAUCGGAAACAGAUGCUCCCUCUUUCCAGCGAAGAAUUCAAAAAUGCUGCCCACCUUAUUGACAAAAUCACCUUAGUCACAAGGCUCCCUGACUCUGGGAAUCUGACAAAUGUGCGUUUCUAUAGGCAAAAAGACGUUUUCUGUAAAGGCAUCAGUUAUCACAGGGUGGAACUUCAGAUCGAUGCCUCUGUGCCUGUUGCCCAUGUCCUUUUCUCAAAGCUCCUGAACUCUGCUGAGAUCUUGCGCUUGGCAUUUUACACCAGCCUUCAUAGCACCUUUUAUCUCCCUGCGUAUACCAUUGCUGUGUCUGUGGGUGAACCGAUGUUAUGUUCCACAGGCAGUUAGCAGAUUAUUUACACACAUGCUAGUGAUUUCUAUUUCAUGUCUAUGUCAUUGAUGCUUUGCUACUUUCCCACAAGUAUCCUUUGCUAAUACCACUGCAUUAAUUUGACAAUUCUCUCACUUCCCACCUUCUUAUUGCAAUAUUCCAGGUGGUUAUAAAGCUUUACAAUGUUUAGGAUAAACCAACAUCCAGUUGCCUUCAAGUAACAAUAAUAUUUUCAAAAAAAUCCUGCCAAUAUCUAUUGCUGACAAAAUUAUCUGCACUCAGAAUGGGACAUACAGUAUUAUACAAGAUGUACCAGUUUCAGACAAAUGAUUUCCCCGUUCCCUGUAGUCUUUGUAACCUGCCAUAAUAAGUAGCUGGCAUUUAUGAACUUAAUAAAGAUUUAUUAAUGAAACAGAUAAAA